AGCAGGAAUCCGAGCAGGAUGCUUCACAUGCGCGCAGUCGAGUGAUGUGGCCGCGCGCGCCUGAGCCAUCUUUCACGUUAACAUCUCCCCUGUCUCUGCCCCACUUACACCGGUUUACGACUUCGCACACACACACGCACACACACACACUUCGCAGUCGGACGCGUGUGUGAGAGUGUUGCUCUCCAACUGCCCUCGAGGUUACCGGAGCCGUGAGACCGGCAUCAGCGCGAGGCUCCAGCAUGAAGGCAGAGGCCAUUGACGGGAUUGAGAAGUUUAUCAGCCCGGGAAAGGGCCGAGGGCUGCGCGUGACCCGCGCGGUAGGGCUCGGGGAGCUCCUGUACGCGUGUCCAGCGUUCGCAUACGUGCUGUCGGUCGGCGAGAGGGGGUACCGGUGCGAGUUCUGCUUGACGAAGAAGCAGACCCUGGCGAAGUGUGGCAAGUGUAAGAAGGCCUUUUACUGCAAUGUGGGCUGCCAGAAAUCAAACAAGGAUGGCCAGAGAGGAGCAUCUGAGAAGCUUUUACUCAUGAGCGAGCUGGAGGCCCACCUGGAUGAGAUGGACAAUGAGAGACGUCAGGUGAAUGAAAUGGACAUUUCUGCUCUUCACCACUUCUACUCCAAACACCUGGACUUCCCCGACCACACACACUUACUCAGCAUCUUCUCCCAGGUGAACUGUAAUGGAUUCAACAUUGAGGAUGAGGAGCUGACUCACCUGGCAUCAGCAGUGUACCCUGAUAUGGCGCUGAUAAACCACAGCUGUUGUCCUAAUGUCAUUGUGACGUAUAAGGGGGCGGUGGCUGAGGUGCGGGCAGUGCAGGAGAUGAAGCCUGGAGAUGAGAUUCUCACGAGCUACAUUGACCUCCUGUACCCGACGGACGACAGAAAUGAGAGACUCAGAGACGCAUACUACUUUACCUGCUGCUGCCCAGAGUGUUCCUCCAGAGCCAAGGACAAGCAGAAGCUGAAGCUGCGGAAGCUGCGUGAGGCUCCGCCCCCAGAGGAGGUGAGGGACAUGCUGCUCUACGCCCGCAAGACCAUCCAGGAGUUCCGCAGGGUCAAGGGUCACCAGACAGACCCUUCAGAGCUCCUGCAGAUGUGUGAGCUGAGUUUGGAGCGCAUGGGCGCCGUGUUCGAGGACUCCAACGUGUUCAUGCUACACAUGAUGUACCAGGCCAUGGGUGUGUGUCUCUAUCAGGGGGACUGGGAGGGGGCCGCACGCUACGGGGACAAGAUCAUCAGACCAUUCAGUGCCCUGUACCCAGCCUACUCCAUGAAUGUGUCGUCCAUGUAUCUCAAACUGGGCCGACUCUAUAUGGGGCUGGAGAAACCAGUAAUGGGAGUCACGAUGUUUAAAAAGGCUCUGUCCAUCAUGGAGGUUGCCAUGGGGACGGACCACCAUUCCAUUGCAGAGCUGAAGCGGGAGAUGCAGCAGAAGUGAAGCCUGUCUCUCUGUUGCUGUGGACUCAGACACACACACACACACACACACACACACACACACACACACACACACAC